AACCCUCGCCAUCUUGUUGUGACUCCUCUACGUGCGUGGAAGACUGAAUUCAAGGGGGAUCCAGUCACGUCUUUCCCUUUUAUUAUUAUUAUUUUUUUUAUAGACGAGAAGAUUGGAUCCAGAGCAGAAGCAUUUGAAUCUGUCUAUUUAACAUUUAUAUUAAUUUCCCCAAUCGUUUUUGGACCAUAACAAGAAACGGAGAUGAGCAUCGAGACGCUUUUAGAGGCGGCGAAGUUUUUGGAAUUGCAAGCCCUGCAACAACAGAAAGCACGUGAAGAGAAUGAACUCCAGGAAAGACGGCGUCGUGAGCAGGAGGCGGAGAAGCGGAGAGCAGAAGUGAACUCUCAUACUCAGCCCAUUCGAAUGAACCAUGUGACCUGGGUGGAGGAGUCUGGACCUGAGCACCGCAGUAUACCUGCCCCGGCCCAGCCUCCUCCCCCUCCCCCCACAGUGCCCAUCACAGUCAUCCCCAUUCCAGUGUUGUCCUGCACUCCUCCCACCACAGCUCUCAGCCCGUCGCCAACACCCCGCCUUACCCCACCCAGAAAAGACACCCAUUCACUGCCAAACCAGCAGGCACUGCACCAGUGCCCCCUCAUCUCGUCUCAAUUGAAGGGAGAGCCCACAUCACUGUCUCUAUCCAAUGGCACCAAACCUACCCAGCAGCUCCUGACCUACCCAAGCUCCAUCGUCACAGCUUCCCAGCAUGCACUGCUCACUCAGCCUGGAACUCCUUCAGCCCAACCCAGCCCUGCGGUCAGAGGAAGCCCUCCCGAUGACCACCGUAAUUUGGACGGCAAGAAGAGACCCGGAGGGGCAGGAACGAGAGAAGUGCACAAUAAACUUGAAAAAAAUAGGCGUGCUCACUUAAAGGAGUGUUUUGACACCCUGAAGAAAACCAUCCUUCAUGUUGACGAAAAGAAGACCUCCAAUCUGAGCGUUCUAAGAAGUGCUUUGAGAUUCAUUCAGACUCUGAAGAGGAAGGAGAAGGACUACGAGCAUGAGAUGGAGCGUUUAGCGCGGGAGAAGAUCGCCUUGCAGCAGAGACUUGCCGAGCUCAAGAAUGAGCUGAGUCAGCAAUUGGACGUGAUGGAGAUCGACCGCAUUCUUCGACAGACUGUCCAGCCAGAUGAUGACCAGGCCUCUACCUCCACAGCCUCAGAAGGUGAAGACAACAUUGAAGAUAUCGAAGACGAGAUCUUUUCUGCCAUGCCCAGCGCCUUACCCAAAGUGCCUGCUGCGCUUCAGCCAGACUUAAAGAAGUCCCGUCCUGUGUCAUCCCUCAUAACACAGCACAUCGCCAUCCCUCACAGACUGUCUAAGGCUUUACCCCCGAUUCCCUCAGCUCAACUAUCCCCUGUGGCCACCGCCGCGGCCCCGAUCACAGCACCUGCUUUGACCUCAACCCCAGCACAGGCUCCAAACAGCCCGGCAUCCGCUCCUGCCGCCCAGGUGGUGACCCUGCAGACACUACCUCCAGCCCAGACCCAUAUAGUGACCGCGACCAGCCUGCAGCCUUCCGUCAUCACCCAUGCGGGUUCGGCGUCGCACGCCUCAGUCAUCCAAACCGUCAACCGGGUGAUCCAGCCGGGCUCCAAGCAUGUGGCCCACAUCGCCCCUUCCUCCUCAAGCUCGGUGCAGCUGGCCCCCGGACCUCAAUCCAUCAGCCACAUCACUGUGGCCCAUCUUCCAGCAAUAUACUCUCAGCCUGUCACAGUCACACAGCCGGCCGUCAUGAGCCACAUCGCACAAACACUCUCUCACGGCCAGAUGAAUGGCACUUCGGCGACCAGCGCGCAAGCAACCAUGGUGGGCAAGCAGAUGCCAGUGGGCGCUCACAUGGUUACCCAUCACCCUCAACUGGUGGGCCAGACCGUCCUCAACCCGUCCCUCACCAUGGUGACCAUGCCCUCCUUCCCAGUCAGCACACUAAAGCUGGCCUGAAGUGCUGACAUACACAUUCAUAGAUCGAGUAUAGACACUUAUAGACUGGCCCACCUUGUCUGCCCCGUUUGAGACAUGCAGCACUGCAUUCAAACAAACUAUACAGCUAAAGGACACCGUACAUUCCAAAUGACAAGAAAGUAUAUAAAGACUCAAAAAGCGACACACAGAAAUUUAUCGAAUGUCUAAUACUAUAUAAUGAUAUAUAAUAAAAGAGAUGUUUUAUCUUAAUGUGUGGGUUAAGGCAGAGUCUAGAGUGCUUGUGUGCUACUCGGUGUGUUUUAGGCUCUAGUGGAGUGUAUUAUGAUGAAACUGUGGUGCGAUCCCAGCCUAGAUUGACUCUCAGCCAGCCUGAUGUGUGUGACUACUGGUUUAAAUGACUUUGUGAACCGACAGCCCCCAUAAUACCUCACACGAACUCAUCAACUAACAGCACACCUCAUCUGAAGACUCUUCUCAGCUCCGCUAGACCAGGUUUAAUGUUGUGACUGUUGCAAAUCCUGAAGUCCCUACAGUUCUUAAAGAGAUCAUUUAUGUCAUUCCAACCUGUAGGACUUUCUUUCUUCUGCAAAACACGAACAUGAAGAACUGUUUUUGUCAGUACAAUAGAAGACAGAGGGGUUCAGGACAACACAGACCCUGGACAAAAACACUCCAGAAUAGCUUCGUUUUGUGUUCUGCAGAAUAAAGAAAAUCAUUGUUGAAUCAAUAAUGACAGAAUUGUCUCUUUGUUGUUGAACUGUCGAUUUAAAAUCAGUUUACCAUCAUCAUUACACUGGAGAAAUGAUUUUCUUUAAUAUUUGUAAAUUCUUAAAGCCAGACACAUGUACUUACGAAGGAAGAUGAAUUAAGAUAUUAAAUGUUUCAAAAUUAAGUGAGUUUAUGCUUUAACAAAAACUGUUGGAGUAAGAAAAAUGAUAAACAAUAAUAUCUCAAGUCAUUUUGGUUUGCAAGUGUAUGUGUUAAUUUAAAAAUUUUAGGUUUUUCCUGGAAAUCAAGAUGGAAAUACUGAGUAAGAAAAUCAUUUUUGCAGUGUACUAUAGUCAAUCAUGUAGCUGACACUAGGAGCGUGUGUGAGAUGUUUCCAUAAGAAAUACAGAGUUUACAUGAUUUAUCUGUAGUGCUCUAGCUGGCAUAGACACUAUUGUUUUGUGACUGUCACAUGAGUCAUUGGGAAUCUGACAGGAGUGCCUUUUAAAGUCAAUCUGGAGUCCUGUUCAAUGCUGCCCCCUAUUGUUCUCUUGCUGCAUCUGCACUCUUUAAGUUCUUCACUAACAAAGCCACCUACUUGCUUCCAGCUCAGAGGUGUAUGAAUUCAGCUCCACUGAGGAGAACCAUUAGUUUGCGACUUCGCAACCUUGUUCUGGAUGUCAUUGCGAAUGUAUUCCAACACAUUCAAUGCCUUCAUCUUGCCACUGGUGAUAAAUGUUGGUUAUUAUAUGUGCAGAAGUGUUAGAUCUACAUGCAUCUGUGUGUGUGAAAUGAAUGUGUUACUCGGAGGCUUUGUGCUUGUGUUUUUGUGACAAAUAAUGUUGCAGUUGAAAGGUGGAUGGAUGUCAGCUUGGGUUCCUUAAAUGAACAUCUUUUAGGCUUCAGGACAGUUGUAAGAGUCCGAGAGAUGCUGCAGGAUUCAUGGACGGGAGAAAGUCUGCAUUGAGCCGCACUGAACGCUACACAGUCCUGCAGGUAAAGCACAGCCUGUAUGUACAAAGAGAUUUGAUUUAAAACUAACACUGUGAUCCCUGUCGGUUGUUCCAGUAUGAGCAAUCCAUGUUUACCAAUCACAGUGUUAUGUUGCGCAAGAGUCCCUGCAUUUGUUCUGCUUCUGUAAAUGUGUGAGAGAGAACACACUGAACUUUUUAUUUUGGUUGUCAGGUUUUACUUUUGUGUGUUCGUACUCUGUAGGAUGUACACAUUCUUAGACUAAUUGAUAUGGCUGUUUUUGGCAUGUAGAUGGAUGGUUCUUGUUUCAGUGCUCAUUUUUAUGUGUGUGUGUGUGUGUGUAUAUAUGUAUAUGAAUAUAUGUUAUUUUCAAUUUCUGGGACCAUGUAGAACAAAUUUUCAAACCUCUUUCCACACUGAUAUUAUAUAUAUAUAUAUAUAUAUAUAUAUAUAUAUUAGUGUGUGUGUGUGCUUUCCCUAUGGAGAAAGUUCAAGUUGUAUAUAGCCUGUAAAUUAUGUUAUAAGAGGAGCAAAAAUAAGUAAAAAAUGUUCAAUAAAAAAUACAUCUUGAUACAUUUA